AGUGUUAUAGUUCACAGUUCGAGCGAUCAAAACUGGUAGGGCCUUUGGCGUUGGCAGGAAACGAGCCUUCGAAAAACAUGUGAGCCAGCCCCGCACUCUCAAAAUUACGCGAAACCAUAUUGCCAGUGGAAUUCUCAGCGGAACUCGAGGUCUAAAUUGCGCGAAGUAGAAAACGAGGACUCGAAUUUCUGACAGGAUGUCCAGCGAGCAGCAGGCCCAGCAGCCGGAAGCGGAAGGCAGCCACGAGCAGGAAGCGGAAGCGGAGUCCGAGACCCUGGUAGCCGAAGUGCCCUCGAUCCCCAGUGUGGCCAGUUCCGUGGAGGAGAAUGCGCCCAGCACCAGUCGGACGGGCAAAACCGCCGCACCGCUCAGCGGUUGUGUGGUGCGAAUCAAGCACGAGCUGCAGGACAUUCGCAGGCAUCCGCCGCCGAACUGCAGCGCCGAAAUGCAGAACGAGGAUCUCUUUCGCUGGACGGCCGGUGUGAACGGGCCGCCUGGCUCCGUCUACGAGGGCGGCCACUUCCGGCUGGACAUCCGCUUCCCGGCCAGCUAUCCCUUCCGGCCGCCGCGCAUCCGGUUCACCACCCGGAUCUACCACUGCAACGUGGACAGCCGCGGCGCCAUCUGCCUGGACGUCCUCGGGGAGCGAUGGUCGCCGGUGAUGAAUGUGUCCAAGGUUCUGCUGUCCAUUUACGUGCUGAUGAGUGAGUGCAAUCCGGAUGAUCCGCUGGUCAUGUGCAUUGCGGAUCAGUACAAGACCAACCGCAAGGAGCACGACAAGAUCGCCAGGCACUGGACCAAGCUGUUUGCGAUGACCAAGGCGCAGACCAAGGAUGGCGAGGAGGAUCAGGAUCAGGCCCAAGAGGAUAGCCAGAAACAGGAGCCAGUGGCAAGUCAGUCGGAAAAGUAAAAGUCGAAAACACAUCCAACGCCCAAGGACCAAAUAUAAAGCAAAACUCCUAAAUUACUGUGCAAUACAAUUCCAAUAAAAAAAUAAAAUUAAAAAAUAAA